UGGUAAAAUGAGGUGCAAAGCUGCAGCCCAUCCCUGCUGCACAGUGUUAUGUGGGAUUGGAAGAUGAAGUAUGAGAGCGGAACAAGAUAAAUGGGCUGCGGUUGAAGAGAAGCAAGAGAUUUUGUGACAGGUUCAAGCCCAUAAGCACAGGCUCCUCAGUGACAGAGAGUCCUAAUGAGCUGCAGUUGCUUCAGGCUGAGGAACUUGGCAACGGUCAGGGAGAAGGAGUGGGGAUCUGUGCACAAGGGAAGCACCAUCCUCUGCAUGUUUCACUCCACAUUUGCUCCGAACACGACAAGGGCUUUCUGGAAAUAUGCUGCAAUGAUUCACAGGAUUUAAGGAGUUUUUAGAUUUUCCCUUUUUCAAGGGUUCAUUUACCUAUUGGAACUUAUGGGACAGUCUGGAGACAGGAACUUUAAUGGGAUAUUUCAUGACACAAUCCCAAGAUAAGGGUCGAUGAUGCUUAUUCUGCUUUACGUCAUAAGCUUUGCUUUUUGUGCAACUGGACAACCAUUCAACAAUAAACUUAAAGGAGACCCUCAAUACACAAGGUAUGUCUGCAGCAUACCAGGGUUGCCUGGCCCUCCAGGUUCUCCUGGGCGUAAUGGACAAACAGGGCCCCAUGGACGAAUUGGUCUUCCAGGAAGAGAUGGGAGAGAUGGCAGGAAAGGAGAAAAAGGGGAGAAGGGAACUGCAGGCUUACGAGGAAAAACAGGACCUCUCGGGCCCACUGGAGACAGAGGAGACCAAGGGGAGAUGGGUAAAAAGGGACCAGUAGGAGAAGCAGGGGACAACGGUGAACUUGGGCCUAAAGGGCCACUUGGUCCGAGAGGUCCUAAAGGUGAAAGAGGAGAAAGAGGGGAACCUGGCAUAUGUAAGUGUGGAAACAUCAUACUCAAAUCUGCUUUCUCGGUUGGAAUUACCACCAGUUAUCCACAAGAAAGACUGCCCAUUCUGUUCAACAAGAUCCUGUUUAACGAGGGAGAGCAUUACAACCCUUCCGUAGGAAAGUUUAUUUGCGCUAUUCCCGGUAUUUACUAUUUUUCCUAUGAUAUCACUCUUGCUAACAAGCAUCUGGCCAUCAGCCUAGUGCAUAACGGACAGUACAAAAUCAAGACUUUUGAUGCCAACACGGGAAACCAUGAUGUCGCUUCAGGAUCAACGCUCGUUUACUUGAAGCCAGAAGAUGAAGUGUGGCUUGAAAUUUUCUACACAGAUCAAAAUGGACUUUUUUCUGAUCCCAGCUGGGCGGAUAGUUUGUUUUCUGGCUUUCUUUUAUAUGCCGAUACAGAUUAUAUGAAUGCAUUAUCUGAAGAUUAUUUUUGAUGAUAUCUUCUUCCUGUACAAAUGCUGAUCUUUUAUAUAGAGCAUGUAGAAACUCCAGGAUGGACCAUCCAUGACACAUAUCAGUUUACAUUUUCUCAGGAAUUCCCAGAUGUGCACAAUAUAACAUGAACAUAAAACAAAAAAAGAGUUUAUAAAUAAUUUACUCUCUGAAAGACCAGAAGCCCUUACUGGAAAAUAUGGGCAUUUAGAGACUUUCUUUACGAGUGUUCUUUACCAAAGUAGCAGUCAGUAGAUUUCUGUUAUUUUGACAAAAAUUCCUCACAAAAACAUAUAUUUUUACAAAAAUAUCAUACUAGUGGUACGGGUAUGGGAUCCCUUAUCUGGAAA